UUGGCUCCAGCAGUCUGUCCGCCAGGGAGAGGAGGAAAGAGGCGGAGGGAAGCAGCAGCUCAAUGACGGUAGAACCUGUGUUGACAGUUGAGAGCCGACUCGGCCCACCAGCGGGACUCCCACAGGCCUUCCUAUAUCUGCAGCGGCCUCAAUGUGUCAGGGGAAAAUCGCUCAUGUUCGGGUUUCCUGCGACAUGUUACGGACCGGGUGCGCUCUGCGUGACAAGACGACGCGCUGCCGAAUCGAAGCGGACGCAGCGAGCGGAACCAGUAGCACAAGUAAAUAAAUAUCUGGGUUAACUCUCUGCAGGCAGAAAAAAAAAAAACUUCUGUAAAACAAGGGAGAUUAUUAGGCCAGUGAAUUCCUGGAGCCUAGAAUGGGAAAUGCAUCGCUCCUAGCCUGGGGUUCAUUCUCAGAAGUUGACGCUCAGACUUCGGCUUCGUGUAGGAGGCUGGUGUGCCAGUGAACCAUCCGUCUUACACGUUUGACAGAUAGCCAAUCAAAUCUGUUAUUCAAAUCGCCGCUAUUAUGUCAGUGACCUAUAUGCAAGGCAUGAACUCCAAAAUCCAGCAGUAACCUCUCCUCCAGUCCAGACAGCAUGGGGAUCAACGGAUUAGAGGCGCAGCCGUCCACCGACAUGUCCCGGGCGGAGCUGGAGGUGGAUGGGAGCAAGGAUGAUCAACCAGCGGGGAGCGAGAGCAAAAUCGCCAAGGAGGAGAGUUCCGUCCAGCUGAUCGAGGGGGAGUUCAAGCCUGAUGCUGAAGCUGGAGCAAAGCUGGAGACACACGGUCAGGGAGCCGGGUUUGUCCCGCCAGAGGGAGGCUGGGGCUGGCUUGUGGUUUUUGCUGCAACCUGGUGCAACGGGUCCAUAUUCGGGAUUCAAAACUCUUUUGGUAUUCUUCAUACGAUGCUGUUGGAGGAACACAAAGACCCAAAUGGCCAAACUUCUCAGUUCAAAGUGGCCUUGGUCGGGGCCCUUGCCAUGGGGAUGAUCUUCUUCUGCUCUCCUGUGGUCAGCAUGUUCACAGACCGCUUCGGCUGCAGGAAGACCGCCGUCUGCGGGGCAGCAGUGGCUUUUAUAGGGCUUCUCACUACAUCAUUUGCAAACUCCCUAAUCCUCCGCUACUUCACAUACGGGAUACUGUUCGGCUGUGGCUCCUCCUUCGCCUUCCAGCCGUCCUUAGUAAUCCUCGGACACUACUUUCGGCAGCGGCUGGGCUUGGUCAACGGCGUGGUGACGGCCGGAGCCAGCCUCUUCUCUAUGGGACUGCCUGUGUUUCUGAAAAAGCUGGUUGAACCUCUGGGUCUAAGCAGAACCUUCCAGAUUCUCAGCCUCUUCAUGCUGGUGCAGGCCCUUCUAGCAUUAACAUUCAAACCCUUGCUCCCCAUUAGGGGAGGCAUGGGCCCUCCAGGGAUGGACCCGGGCCCUGCUGAAUCCCAGACCCAGGCUACGGCUCAGGGGAUGAGCAAGUGGAGCAAGGCGGUUGCUGGGGUUAGGAAAUACUUCAACCUGCGUGUGUUUUACAUUGUGACCUACCGUGUUUGGGCAUUUGGAGUAGCAACCGCUGUGCUAGGAUACUUUGUGCCAUAUGUCCAUCUGAUAAAGUUUGUGAAGGAGAAUUUCAAGGAGAAUGAAAAGGAAUGGGUGCUUCUCGUCUGCAUCGGAGCUUCAUCGGGGGUGGGACGGCUCGGCUUUGGGAAGAUUGGAGACCUUAUUCCUGGUCUGUGGAAGAUCUACAUGCAGGUUGUUUCCUUCAUAGCUCUGGGCCUGAUGUCCAUGAUGAUUCCUCAGUGCUCGGUGUUCGAGGCGCUGGUGGUGGUGUGUGUGUUCCUGGGGCUCUGUGAUGGCUGCUUUCUCACCAUGAUGGCUCCCAUCGCCUUCGAGCUGGUCGGUCCCAUGCAGGCCUCACAAGCCAUAGGUUACCUUCUGGGCCUUAUGUCCCUUCCCAUGAUGGCGGGUCCACCCAUUGCAGGUCUUCUUCAUGGCUACUUCGGUAACUACACAGUAGCGUUCUCCCUGGCUGGAGUACCUCCUAUGGUUGGGGGCGUGGUGCUGUUCUUUGUGCCCCUGAUCCACCGCAGGAUCCAGCGGAAGCAGGCAUCGCCCGAGGAAAUAUCUACGACUACCCACAUGCUGCCCACCGCCCCACCUAUUGGGGAACCCAAGAGUUGCUCCAAUGGAGACAUCCUGCCUGGUUAUACCGACGUAGAGACGCACAUCUGACUCACGUCUCACAAAGGGAUUCCGCCCACCAGCACUUUCCUUCUGCUCAGAUCAUCUCACCUUUGGUCUUCACUCUAGUUUACCUUUAAUCCAAAUCGCUGCUGGUUGUAACAUUUUUUUUUCUGUGCAAAGAAAAGUUCAGAAAUUAGUUCAAGUUUAUAACCUGUACAGAGGGCCGGAAGAUGUGAGUGCGGUGCUGGAUCAUCUAGAACCAUUUUCUAAUGAAUCUAUGUAGGAAGACAAACCUCCAAAUGGGAGAAAUUACUGACACAUCUGCAGUUUUUACAGCAUUUUUUUAUGAAAACAUUGCAUUUUUUCUUUUUCUUUUUUUUAAAGUCCUUAAUAGGAUGAAAAAGCUAAGCAGGAGUUGCAUUUAUUUGAUUAUUAUUUGUAGUACCUCACACAUAGAGGAUAGGAAACAUGUCUUUUAUUUAGUUUGUGUUGCUUAAACAGUCUUACCAUUUUGUAGCGUUAUAAGCUCCGCUUUAUCCUGCAGCUUUUGCUCUCUGCUAAACAUACUCAUCUUUCCUAAACCUGAUCAGUAAACGGGCUAUUCCACUCUUAGAUGAGCCACUAAACACGAUCACCUCAAACUAGCCGCAGACAACUUUUAGGUCCUGACCUUUUUGCCGUGGAAUAACAAACAUCAGUGGAACGGUUUGAUCUUCUCAUCCAAGGAGAAAGAUGCGUAGAUCUGGCAGCUUUUAGUAUGUAAAGUUUUUUAAUUACUUCUUUCAUAUUAGUUUUAAUCUGUUCCUUCUCAGUACAUGGGUACAAGUAAAGACUCACAGUCCAAACUAAAAAAGGUUGAGCAUCUGCAGCUAGAGUUGAUGAAAAGUAGAGAGACAUCCAGACAUCAAAGCUUCAGUUUUCUUAGCCUUUAACAUUUUAAAGGGUGCUACACCGGUCUACAUCUACAAUGUUUGAAUCUAUACCUUUUGCUCUGAAGCUAUUAGUUAUUAAUUGUACCUUCUAUUAGGUUUUUUGCUUUAAUAUCAGAGGCAUUCAAAGAAAGUUGAACUUAAAACAUUAACUUUUUUACUUUUUCACAGGCAUCAGUUACCUUGAGACCACUAAGCAACAAUUAAAAAUAACUAUAAUAGGUCAGUAGAGUAGUACUAACUUCCUAUAGUGGGACAGUUCAGAGGAUAUAAAGUAUUUCUCAAUGCUCUUUAGGAAGGUUUAACAGCUGGGUCACACAAUGCUGGCACAGUCACUACACAGCCAACAUCAUCUAUACAACUAUCUCUAUCCAGUAAUGUUAAGCUUUCCAUAGAAAU